AUGGAGUGUAAACUGUUAACUGCACGAUUAAUGAGCCCCAUUGGGCAGAUAACUAUCGCGUCAUGUACGAGGGGAGUUCACAAGGUGGACCUGCAGGAGCCUAAGGACUUUUCACCAGACGGCAGACAUAAGGUAGACUUUGUUGAUGGUGCAACAGAAGAGCAGGUUAACAAGUGUGAGCCACUGGCAAAGUGUGUGGACUGGAUCAAGGCUUACUUCAAGGAUGCCUCCAGUGUGCGAGGCCUGGACUUGCCGCCCCUCCACAUCACCAAGUACAAGGAGGGCUCCUUCACAGCCGCCGUGCUGCACAACCUGGCCACCAAGGUGGACGUCGGGGAGACCGUCUCCUACGGCCAGCUGGCCGCCAUGACGGGGAACGCGCGGGCCUCCCGGGCCGUGGGCGGGGCGAUGCGAGCCAACCAGACCCCACUGCUGGUGCCGUGCCACAGGGUGGUGAACAGUAAUGGCAGUGUGGGGAACUUCAUGUCAGGGAGGGGGAACGUGCUGAAGGCGUGGCUGCUGGAACAUGAGGCCAGGGAGGAAAGAUGAAUGUGAUGAAAGAACUUUUGAAUCUUUUAGUGGACCUUCCAGAUUUCUACACAUUUGAUACUUGACCCAUUGAGCUCAGUGGACAGUUUUAGAGCUCAGGAGAGAGUCCUGCUAAAGCCUGUCAAAGUGCCAAAUGCUACCA